CCUAUAUCUCCAUUUCCUGUUUCUCUCUUUUACUCAAAUGAAGAAGCUUCAUGCUUCAAUGGAGCUUCCCUUUAGCCAUCCGCAUAAAAUACAAAAGACACCAGUCCUGCUACUAAUUACCUUUACCCUAAUUCUUCUCACAAUAGUUCCCUUAUGUUACCCUUUAUUAGGGCACCCCUUAUAUUUGUUUCAGAACUUUUCGAGUUCAUCGUCUUAUUCUUCCAGGGAUAAUCUAUCAAGUAAAAAGAAAUGUGAUAUAUUCUCAGGAGAGUGGGUUCCAAAUCCUGAAGCUCCAUACUACACAAACACAACAUGUUGGGCAAUACAUGAGCACCAAAAUUGCAUGAAAUAUGGAAGACCCGACACCGAUUUCAUGAAAUGGAGAUGGAAACCUGAUGGGUGUGACCUACCCGUUUUCGACCCGGUUCAGUUCUUGGAAGUUGUUAGAGGCAAGUCUAUGGCUUUUGUUGGAGACUCUGUUGGUAGAAACCAUAUGCAGUCUUUAAUAUGUCUCUUAUCUAAGGUGGAAUACCCCAUAGAUAUUUCAUACACUCCAAAUGAGCAAUUCAAACGCUGGAAAUAUCUAUCAUACAAUUUCACAAUGGCAACAUUUUGGGCACCCCAUUUAGUAAAGGCCCAAGAAGCAGACUCUGAUGGGCCCACCCACACAGGCCUAUUCAAUCUUUACCUUGAUGAAUUUAAUGAAGAAUGGACGGCCCAGAUUGAAGAAUUCAAUUUUGUCAUCAUAAAUGCUGGCCAUUGGUUUUUCCGUCCAAGUAUUUACUAUGAAAAUCAUAAAAUGAUUGGGUGUCACCAUUGCCUAUUAGAAAAUGUCACUAAUUUAGCUAUGUCUUAUGGGUAUAGAAAGGCCUUUAGGACUGCCUUUAGUGCCCUAAAUAGCUUAGAAAAUUAUAAGGGCAUAACAUUUCUUAGGACAUUUGCACCUUCACACUUUGAAAAUGGGGAAUGGAAUAAAGGAGGGAAUUGUUUGAGGAAAAGACCUUUUAGGGCUAGUGAGACCAAAUUAGAAGGUAUAACCCUAGAGCUUUAUAUGGCACAAGUAGAGGAAUUUAGGGUUGCUAAAAGGGAAGGGGGAAAAAGGGGAUUGAAAUUUAGGUUACUUGACACUACACAAGCAAUGUUAUUAAGGGCAGAUGGUCACCCCAGUAGAUAUGGGCAUUGGCCACAUGAAAAUGUCACAUUAUAUAAUGAUUGUGUGCAUUGGUGCUUACCUGGACCAAUUGACACGUGGAAUGAUUUCUUGCUUGAGAUGUUGAAGAUGGAAUUAGGUGGCCAUGAUGGUCAAAAGCAGAAGAAGCUUUACUCAAGUGAGAGGAAAUUGAAGUUUAGAUAAAUUUAAAAUUAGUCUUUUCAUCAUUAUUAUUAUUUGAUGGUUGUUUAUUAAUUAUUGUAGUUGAGGGUUUAUGAAUUAUGAUGGUUUUUGAAAAUUAAUGAUUUCUCAAAAUAAAUAAAUAAAUAAAAUGAUAAACUUAAUACAACGUGUGAAAAUUGGUAUAUGGUAAUAUUAUUUUAUUAUCAAUUUUUUUCAAAAAAAAAAAAAUUCUUAUUGAUUAAUGUCUGUAUAUUGAUCAGAAUAUAAGAAAGU